UCUCUAUAAAAGACGAAAGAGUUCUUAGGAGUUUUAUUCAUCAAACAAGUAGAAAAAAUAACAUGUCGAUUCAAAAAAGCUCAUUGAUCCCUUUAAUGGUCGAGAAAAAACUCACCGAAAUGGUGAAACCCCCAAAGCGCAUACCUUCACAUACUCUCUCUCUUUCAACACUUGACAAUGCUCCUUACAACGAAGUUAUUUACAAGCUAUGUUACGUUUUCAAAGCCAGGAACGUCGUUGGUGAUGAUAACCAGCCGGAAUAUUUGGUUAGGGAGGCUUUGUCUGUUCUUCUUGGCUACUACUACCCACUUUCGGGGACUAUGAAGCGGCGGGAGACUGAUCGGAAGAUUCAGUUGAGCUGUGGCGGCGACGGAGGCGGUGUGCCUUUCACGGUGGCUACUGCAAACGUGGAGCUUUCUUCUUUGAAGUAUCUAGAGAACAUUGAAUCAGAUACAGCCUUGAAGUUCUUGCCAGAGCUUCGAGUGGAUAAGGACGGUUAUCCACCUUUUGCCUUGCAGGUGACCAACUUUGAAUGUGGAGGCUUCAUCUUAGGGAUUGCUCUGUCGCAUUUAAUGUGCGAUGGAUAUGGAGAGGGACAUAUCAUGUGUGCCUUAACGGAGUUGGCCCGGGGGAAAAAGAAGCCUAUGGCGACGCCGGUUUGGGAAGAGAGGCUCGUGGGAAAGCCUAAAGAAAACGAUAAACAUUCUUUUAUUCCCGGAGGCGACACGGCUGCUUCAUCCUACUUACCUACUGAUGAUUGGGUAACUGAGAAAAUAAAUAUUAGAGCUGAGAGCAUAAGAAGACUGAAAGAAGCUACAUUAAAAGAGUGUGACUUCUCUACUGAGACACUCACUACUUUCGAAGUCAUAGGGGCUUAUUUGUGGAAGUCAAGAGUUAAAGCUCUGAGCUUGGAUAAAGAUGGAGUCACAUCUUUAGGUGUAGCUGUAGGAAUCCGAAACGCAGUGAAUCCACCUUUGCCCGAUGGAUACUACGGCAAUGCAUAUAUAGACGUGUACGUGCCAUUAACUGUUAAGGAAGUGGAAGAACAUACCAUCUCAGACAUCGUGAAGCUCAUAAAACAAGCAAAAAGAAAGGCAUACGAUAAAGAUUAUCUCCAAGAAGAGCUUGCGAACAUUCAAAGUAUCAUCAGUAUGAAUUUAAAGAUCAAAGGUAGAUUUUGUUUGACGGAUUGGAGGAACAUAGGGAUUUUUGGAUCGAUGGAUUUUGGGUGGGGUGAGCCGGUGAAUAUUGUCCCGGUGGUUCCAGCAGAGAUAGCUAGAAUUGUUAGUAUGUUCAUGCCAGCGUCGAGGUUAGAACCUUCCAUGGUCGGAGGGGUUCAAGUCAUGAUUACGUAGCCAAAAGCUGCAAUGGUUAAGUUUAAAGAAGAGAUGAAUGCUCUAAACUGAAACUUUUUUUCUUUGAUGUGGGACUUAAUAAGUUAACAUCAAUAAGUGUAAUAAUCUAUACACAAAAAGUGAUACCAUUUACAUUUAGACUGUUUUUUACAUAAUGUGAUUUUUUUAAAAAAAAAAAUUGAGAGGGA